UUUACCAGCAAGUAUUCCGGAGUUCCAGUAUGAGUUUUCAGGAACAAAUAAUGUCGCAUUACCUAAAAUGGACUGCAGCGACUGUUGGAAAAGUUUUCCGGGGAAAACUGGAUCUUCAAAAUGAAACAACGACAACAACCUAUGAACAAUCGUUGUUUUCCGUACAACUCUCUGAUGAUUUGCAGCCUACAGAACACAUUACCAAACAAUUUAAUGCCCUGUUGCUACCCUACGCUGAGAACUGUUUAAGUUAUCACAGGUUUAUAUCUGUGUUUGGUACUCACUGGAGGGCAGAUGCAGCUUUCGGCGGAAGCAUCGUUAUGGUUACUAAGCACGAUUCUUCAUUUAGGAAGGCCAGAAUUCAACUGCAGCAAGGAGAUCUAAACCUGAACAUGGAUGCGUAUAAAUUUCUACUUCAUCAAACUAAUCCGCAUUUUUCCUCAGAUGCUGUCGAGGAAACAUUCGAAUCUCAUGGAGGCCUGUUUACCCCUGAGACGACACUGGCUGAAUGGAUAAGAACCUUAUCAACCGCGCUAGCCAUUGUCAGCAGUAUCGAUACACCAAUAUCCGAAAUUUUUCGGCAUUAUACACCGGACGAUGCUAAGAUGAUGGCCUUUGCACAAGCCAUGCACGACGAAGAAGCCCACCAUACAAUAAAACGUGCCAUCUCAGUUAUCAAGUCCCUUCAAACUAGUCCUCGUAUUGUCCUCUUAGCUCUGUCAUUCCUUGAAGAAGAACUUGAAUACGUGAGGCCAGCCCAAACUGCCGUCAAAACAUCUAAGUGGAUAUUACGAGAAGCACCAAAAUAUAGUAUAACCCAACUACAAGUAACCAUUCGAAGGAAAAAACUCAAAUUUGAAGGUGAGUUUUACAUCCGGUCAAUUUGGAUUCCAGUUUUCUAUGGCAUCUGCACCAAUGUCAACAAGGGCCAUUUCAAUUCGCACAUGGACAAUAUUGACGCGGCGGAGAUACACAUGCCUGAUCCUUUAAAAUGCUUGGAUCUCUACAAAAACCACAACUGUACUGACCACCUUGCUCGAAUUAAGUCGACUUUUGAACUGGAAAAAAUGCGUGGAUUUUCGUCCUUUACGAUUUGUGACGUUACAGCGCCUUGAGAAACCCAUCAGGAACCACGACCACUGGACCAAUCUGCUAUUUCAUAUUUCCAUGUAUUUGUUAACUAGACGGCCAAUUAUUUGAUAUUCUGAUUU